AAGCCGAAGCUGCGACUGCCUGAGCAACUGCGGGCAGCAUGAGCGGCUGCGUGGUGUUUUUGCGUGCGGCGGCGCGUUCUUGCCGGGCCCUGGCGGCGUUCUCCGCGCGCCGGAGGCCGCUGCACACCAGUCCACCGAGCCGAGGUUUCGCCAAGGAGCUCUUUCUGGGCAAGUUCGAGAAGAAAGAAGUUUUCCCAUUUCCAGAAGUUAGCCAAGAUGAACUUAAUGAAAUCAAUCAGCUUGUGGGACCAGUAGAAAAAUUCUUCACUGAAGAGGUGGACUCUCGAAAAAUUGACCAGGAGGGAAAAAUCCCAGAAGAGACUUUGGAGAAAUUGAAGAACCUGGGACUUUUUGGGUUACAGGUUCCAGAAGAAUAUGGUGGCCUGGGCCUCUCCAAUACCAUGUAUGCACGGCUGGGGGAGGCCAUCGCCCUGGACGGCUCAAUUGCUGUGACCCUGAGCGCACACCAGGCCAUCGGCCUCAAGGGAAUCAUCAUGGCAGGCACCGAGGAGCAGAAGACCAAGUACUUGCCCAAGCUGGCAUCUGGGGAGCACAUUGCAGCCUUCUGCCUCACGGAGCCAGCCAGCGGGAGUGACGCCGCCUCCAUCCAGACCAGAGCCACGUUAAGUGAAGACAAGAAGCACUACAUCCUCAAUGGCUCCAAGGUCUGGAUUACCAAUGGAGGAUUAGCCAGUAUUUUUACCGUGUUUGCAAAGACCGAGAUCGUUGAUUCCGACGGCUCAAUAAAAGACAAAAUCACAGCAUUCAUAGUAGAAAGAGACUUUGGUGGAGUAACUAAUGGGAAACCUGAAGAUAAGUUAGGCAUUCGUGGCUCCAACACCUGCGAAGUCCAUUUUGAGAACACUAGGGUGCCCGUGGAGAAUGUCCUUGGAGAAGUGGGCAGUGGGUUUAAGGUGGCCGUGAACAUCCUCAACAGCGGGCGAUUCAGCAUGGGCAGCCUUGUUGCCGGGAUGCUCAAGAAACUGAUCGAAAUGACUGCCGAAUACGCCUGCACGAGGAAACAGUUCAACAAGAAUCUCAGUGAAUUUGGAUUAAUUAAGGAAAAGUUUGCCCUGUUGGCUCAGAAGGCUUACGUGAUGGAAAGUAUGGCCUACCUCACUGCAGGGAUGCUCGACCGACCCGGGCUCCCCGACUGCUCUAUCGAGGCCGCCAUGGUGAAGGUGUUCAGCUCGGAGGGUGCCUGGCAGUGCGUGAGCGAGGCACUGCAGAUCCUCGGGGGCUCGGGCUACGUGAAGGACCACCCCUAUGAGCGCCUGCUGCGCGACGCCCGCAUCCUUCUCAUCUUCGAGGGAACCAAUGAGAUUCUCCGGAUGUACAUCGCCCUGACGGGUCUGCAGUAUGCCGGCCGCAUCCUGACCACGAGGGUCAACGAGCUGAAACGGGGGAACGUGAGCACAGUCCUGGAGACCGUGGGCCGGAGGCUUCGAGACUCCAUGGGCCAAACUGUGGACCUGGGGCUGACAGGCAAGCUUGGAGUCGUGCACCCCAGCCUGGCGGACAGCGCCAACAAGCUGGAGGAGAACGUGUAUUACUUUGGCCAGACUGUCGAGACGCUGCUUCUCCGCUUUGGCAAGACCAUUGUGGAGGAGCAGCUGGUGCUGAAGCGGGUGGCCAACAUCCUCAUCAACCUCUACGGCAUGACGGCCGUCCUGUCCCGGGCCAGCCGUGCCAUCCGCAGCGGACUCCGCAACCAUGACCAUGAGCUUCUGUUGGCCAACAUGUUCUGCAUGGAAGCCUACUACCAGAACCUCUUCACCCUGUCUCAGCUGGACAAGUGUGAGUGGGGCAGCUUUGGGGAGGGAAGAGAGCCACUGUCCAGGGUCCCCAGCCAGGCUGCUCAUCAGCUUCUGCCCAAGCGAGAUCCUGUGCCAGUCUGGACUUGCCUCCUGUCCCACAGAUUCUCCCUGCUCAACACGGCACGGCUAGCCCCACAGCAAGCAACUUUGUAGCUUGUCGCUGCCCCUUGUGCUGGGCCCUGCCGGUGUCUGCCCAGCAGGCCUUGUCCACAGAGGAAGCAGGCGAUGUGCUUGAUUUGGGAGAAGGCAGUUAAACUUAACUUACCUCUUUACUCCCUACUCCAGCCAGAAAUAACUUGCAACUCUCUGCAGGUGCUCCAGGAUUGGGGCCUGAAGAAUGUGGGAGUUCGGUGUGUCUAGAAUGCUUGUCCUCUUCCAUCACUGUCUGCCUUGCCUGGAAGCACCCAGCUCAAGUGCUGCUGCUUCUGCCCCUUUCAGGCCUGGGUCUUGUUCCUCUGGAUCCCAGCCCUUUUGCCAGGCCCUAGAGGCUACCAGCACUAUGUCCAGUUGUGAGGGCAGCAGCUUACAAUUUUGUGCACCUUCUGGUUCCAGGUGCUGAAUUUGUGGAGGGUGAAGAAAUGUUUUCUCCUCCAAUAGCCUUGAAUUGCAAAUGGACCAUUUAUUGCACAAGUGCCCCACCCCCACCGCCCAAGAUCUGAGGGUUUUUAGAGAUUAACGGACAAGCUCUUUGUAAUUCAGAAGGAAGCCUCUAUCCCCUUUUCUCCUGGCAGCCGAGAAUCACCUCCUGGAGGUUUGGUUGGAAGAGAGGGUGGGAUCCACGUUGGAUGGGCUUUGUUGAAGAAAGUAUUUCAGCUGUGUUUAUAUUGUCACGGUGCAGAAAGAUGACUGCCUUUUUUCCUCCCAGAUUCUCCAGAAAAUCUAGACGAACAGAUUAAGAAAGUAUCCCAGCAGAUCCUAGAGAAGCGAACCUAUAUCUGUGCCCACCCGCUGGACAGGGCGUCCUGAGGCCCAGGGACAUCCCUGCUGUAGCCAGCCCCUGGCCACAGUGAAGCCCAUCGCUGGACAAGGUGGAAGCCAUUCAAGUGAAGGACUCUUUUCCUGUCUGGGAGCCUCCUGUAGGCUUUGACCUGCAGACCUUGUGUCUUUGGACACGUUGUCUGACAUGCUCAUGGGUUCUGAACAAAGAGAAAGAAUCAGUGACACCUGGAAUUUCAUAGUUGAGGCACCAUCAGUGUGGAAUCUGGGGCUGGGUCUGCUGCUGUCUGUGGCAUGAGGCUGGCCUGAAGCCAUUCCUGCGAGACCACAUGCUGUCCAAGAAAUAGCUUGGAAGCUGUGUACCUGUCAGACAUUUAAAACAGGAGGAAAAUGCACUGAAAACAGGUACCAGGAACCACUUAACAAAAAAAGAACGUAACAUGUUGCAAUUUGUUUACCUUUCUUAGCCUUUGCUGAAGUAGUUAUCAAUGGAUGACAGCAUGACCCUGGGAGCUUACCUACUCUUUGGUGAUGGCUUCUGAUCCCCUUUGUCCUCAUCCUGCAAGAGAGGGCCCUAAAGCAGGAGCACAGUCCUAGCCCAGGGCUGCAGUGCCUUGGGGGUCACAAGCCCUUAUCUUUGAUACUUCUCCAAUAAUAGGUGUAAAAUUGCAUUGUCUGGUAUGUGACAGUAACUGAUGGUUUUCUUGCUGAUUACCUCCCAGGUCUUUUCUUUUUGCCUUUUUUUCAUGGAUUGAAGAGAGGGCAAGAAGGUGCUCAUCACAUUGCACUCUUGAACUUUGUGUUUCUCCAGGUGCCCUCCUGCUGUUAUUUGCAAAUACACUGGGGUGUGAUAUGCCAGCACUGGCUGGCUGCGAGCUUUGGUCUGCUCUUCCAAUGGUUUAAGGCUCCUAGAGGCCCAUCAUAGAUUUUGCCUUGAGGAAGGAGGUGGCCAGACUGUUUUUCCUCCACUGUAAGUCAUCUCCUUUCCUGUAAACUGCAGUCAUGCUGGAAACUGGCAAAGAGGAGGCUGGGAAUGCUGGGAGCUGAGCAGGCUUAGUGGUGAAUGCCGAGCCUUUGGGCACAGCUUUGGUAACUCAUCUUUUAAUAUUAAAAAUGGAUAAAGUUUACAAAUACUGUGACUUGGGAAGUAAUUUUCCAAUAAAACCCAAAGUUCCUGAAGUA